AUGUUCGUCGAUCUCAUAAAUAGCGACACUGAGGAAGCCGGGUUUGACCUGAGCAAGAGGCUAUCGACGUCGUUGUUCGCGGACGAUGCCAUGACAGCGCCACGCGCGAUGUGGCCCUGCCUCAUCAGCACGGAGGAGCUGCAAUCUUACUUUGGGCCGGCGGGGGCCGCGCUUCCCAAUUUCGUCGAGCAACGGCUUGCGUCUGAGCUUGACCAGACUCUGCAACAACCUCUCACUCGAUCCGUUGUUGAGUCGGCACUUGCGACGACCGGCCUAUGGGUGUGUGGCGUGCAGCGCCUCUUUGCUCGCCUCGCGAUCGGUACGUGGUUUAGCUCGCCCCUUACCGACUUUUCGCUAUGACUCGACCAUCUGACGAUGGUCACUUCUACUCUCAGCAGACCGACGUCCCAACACACCGUCUCCUCUGCAAGAAUUCCGAGCUCUGUACGCCCUCAUUGACGAGACACACGCGGGCAUCCAGAAACUGCAGCAGUUUUUGGUCAAUGUCCACGUGCCUCCACCGGGGUGUGAGGAUGAGCCUUACGCGCUCGAUCAGUUCGUUCUCCUUGGGGUUCGCGCCGACACCUAUCUCGUCGACAUCAUCAAUCUGGUUCACCAGUCCUUGCACUCCGACGCACGCUCGACCUGGAAUUCGACGCGUCGGGACAGCGCCCUCUUGGCUUCUUUGCGCCAUGAGUCAGAACUUCGCGUGCGCAAGUCACUCAAGCUCGUCGCGUUCUACUCGCAGCUCUUCCUACAAUCGAACGACAAACACCUCGUCUACCACCUCGUGGUCCAGCUUGAGACUUUGCCGGCAUGGACGGAAAUGGCGGCGCAGCGAGUUGAUUUGCCCGGUGUAUCCACCUCCACCGAGUAUGAGCUGAGCGAGCAGGAGUUAGAGUGGUCAGUUUCUCUUCCAUCGAGCGACUAGCAAUACACAAUCACUUGCUGAACGUCGUAAUGUGCACCUUCAUAGGCUCCGAGAAGGUCUCGAACUAGCAUGUUACUUCACGCCUCGAGCUGGCACGCGUCUCCGACAGCUCACAGAGGCGCGAAGGCGCCUUCGGCCAGGCUCGACCUCAUACGGCAAUCCCAUGCAGCGUCGUGCGCCAGUAGAUCCUCGUCCCUCGACCCAAUUCAGCUCGGAAUCGCAAUACUCGGACACCAAUUCCCUGGACCAAUCCGCAGUGGAGCCGUACAUGGCAACGCAGGACUCAGAUGGCGCUCAAGAAUAUUCGCCGUACAUCUUCGACACCUACGGGGUCGUCUCCAAUCGGGACCCCAAUCUACCGACACACCUCGUGCCGUGUCUUCCCGAUCAACAGACGAGUCAUGUCAUUGACGCUUUUCAGGGACAGAGUUGGACUGACGUAAAUCUCACGGACCAAUGGGAUGCGCUGGAUCAGGGCGAGAAGGAAGAGGGCCAGGAUUGGAUGUGGCAAGUCCAGGCCGAUGGUAGUGGACUCAAUUGA